AUGAUUAAUUUUUUUAGCUCAUCACAUAAAAAAUGUUCAAUAAAGGGGAGUAGUUACAUUCGUAAUUGUGUUAUACAAAAGUACAUGUUCAGCUCAAAACAGAUACCCAUGAUAUAUGUUAAAAGAUUAGAUGAAAUUAAACAAAUGGUACGUUAUAUUGAAAAUAUCUAUUCAGAUUGUAAGAAUGAAAAAACUGACCUUUUCGUGAAAUAUUUCGGAAGUUAUAAAGUAGCUGCUUUUUUGCAUUCAGAUAAUAACUUUGAAAAAAUUUAUAACGAAUGGAAUACAUACCAUUUUUACCCUAAGCAAAAUAUAAAAGCGGAAAAGAAGACAACAAACGAGGUAGGUAUGCGUACAAACUUUAGUAAUAAUUAUGAAUACCUUAAUUCUGUUUUUAAGUUGUGUUCUGAUGAAGAUGGAAACAAGAAUAUUAUGAAAAAGAAUAUAAUAGGCAUUUACAUUCCUGCACAUAGAAGUACACAUUCUGUAGAUGUAAAUUAUUUUUAUAUUUUUAAAAGUUUGAAAGACGUAAUGAAGGGUAAAUUCUUUUAUGAGUUAUACUUUAUAUUACCAAAUUGUGUUUUCUUAUUUUCUUUUAUUGAAAUUUUUAAGGAAUUAAUUUAUUAUGAAAAAGUUGUAGAAUGCAUAAAAAAGGAAAAGGAAGAAACAAAAAUACAGAAAAAACAAAAAAAUAAAAAAAAAGAUGUAUCAAUUUUACGGAAAAAAACUAAAAAUAAUUUAUUAAUAAAAAUAUACAGAUAUAAAAAAAAUGCAUUAAAAAAGGAGCUUAAAGGAGAACUGGAAAAAAUUUUUUUCCACAAAAAAUACACAAAAAUAAUGUACGAAGAUUCCUUCGAAUUGUCAUCAUUUUUAUAUCAUUUUUUAAAAAUUAAUUCGAUAAAUUUUAUAGAUUUACAUCAUUUGUACCAAUAUAUAAUAGCUUUAUAUGAACUGAAAAUUUUAAAACUCAACAUAUAUACGUCAAUUCCUAUUUUGUUUCCAAGCAUUUAUAAUAGUACAUUGGAUUAUGCAUGUAUGGAGGUACCAAAUAGUGAACAUAAAUUUAAGGAGGAAAAAGAAUCAUUAUAUUUAUGUACUGAUGGGAAGCGUAUAGAUCUAUGUAGUAAGGAGAGCCGUACAAACGUAUGCAAAGAUGAGAUGCAUAUAGACUUAUGUAGCCAUAUGAAACAAAUUGACUUAUUGGAAAAAGACAACGAAUGCACUAGUUCAGAAAAGCGAACACUACAGAAUGAUGACCUUUCAGAGAGAAACCUUUUUAAAUCUAAGAAAAGAAAAAUUAUAUCAGUAUAUAACAGCAGCGAUGAUAGUAACAAUGAGGUUUUAAAUUUUGAAAAGCAGUUAAUACAUAUUUUAUAUAUAUUUCCGUGUGCACAUAAAUUAUUAAUUAAAUAUAAAGACUUGGAAGGGUAUAAUAUCUGCUAUAAAAUGAACGAAAUAAUAAAAAAAUACAACUCAUUAAAUAUUUUUAAAUAUAACCAUUCAAAUAAGAAGAGUGCAAGAAAAUGCUUUAAUAAUUACACACAAAAAAGAGAGGUAGUUGAAUACUCAAAUUUUAAUGAAAAUAUGUAUAAUAACGUUAGUAGUUCGUUUAUCAACUCGUUAUGUAGCAAAGUAAAUAUUAAUGAAGAAAUAAUAUAUAACCAUCAAUUAAUCAUAGGGAAAAAAAUAUAUGCAUAUAUUUAUGAAAGAAAUAAGUGUGCUAAAAAUAUAGUAUUCCGCUUUAAUUUAAAUUCAAAGAAUAUAACAUUCAGAAAUAUACUAUCUUUUAAAGAUAGUUUGACACAUAAUGAAAUUAAUAAGAAGAAACAUAAAUAUAAGUAUUUAUUAAAAGAAAUAAAUAACAACCUUUUUUCAAACAAUUCAAAAGUACUAUUUAACAGGAAUAAGAAAAUAUAUAAUUAUAAAAAUAAUAUAUUAGUUGGAUUGUUAUAUGAUAAGGAAACUAAUUUUCAUUAUUUUGAUGAUAAAAAUAUAGGUGAUGUAGUUUUAUGUACAAUAUGUGACAUUUCGCAGUGCGGAAAAUAUUUGUAUUUACAAAGAUUUGACACAAAAAAUUUAAUUUUUCAUUUUCGAAAGGAAAAAUAUAUUAAUAUAGAAAAAAAUUAUGAUUAUGACGAUAUUACUAAGGUAGACGAGGAUAUAUUGAAAGAAAUUGCAUAA